UACCGGGAAACUGUUGGCUUUACUUAUUUUUCCUCUCAGUUCUUCUGGUCUUAAUAAAGUUUUUUAACUCUCUAAGUUGAACUAUUUAGUUGGUUUAAGCUGAACCAAUUCAAGAAGCAAGAAACUAGUUAGAGUCAGAGCUUGAGAAAAACAGAAAGGUGAGAAAUAAGUUGGAAUAACAAAAAGUGAAAAGGAAAAAGAGAAAUAAGUUCUACUAAUUUUUUUAAAUCUCCUAAAAAUCUCUUUGUAUUUAUCUGCUUUCCACUGUCACCAUGACCCAGAGGAAUGCAGUACCUUCCUAACUGUCCUGUCUGUAUCUGCUCUAGAUUUUGCAUCUCUUCUCUGUUUUCUAUGCUUUAGCCUGCCAAGGUGAUCUUUUUAAAAUGCAGAUCCAAUCUUACCACCUCCCUGCUUACAAACACUUUUCCACUGUAUUUAGUAUACACCCAGAUCCUCACCCCAGUCUCUUCAUGGUUGAGCCCCUAUCUGCAUCUCUCAAUUAUUUAUGCUGCAGUGCCCUUUGCGCAUUUUUAUGCCUACAUCCCAAAGGACGUUUUUCUUUCUUGUAAGUACCAGGUUGCCAGCCUUCCAAAUUACUGUUUCACCUGCCUCGAGUUUUUCCUCCCUCUCACCCUAGUUAGCACCCAUUCAACCUAUAGAUUACAACUCUGUUAACACUCUGAAAGCCUUCUCUGAUGCCUCGCCCAGUUUUCAGGCAAGGUAAAAGUCCAUUGUGUAAAUUCUCAAGGCAUCUUUCUGUUAUUCAACAUUAGACUAGUUUUAGCAUUGCAUGACAACAGGAACUGUCUGUUCUUACCUCAGCAUUUUACUUCUGGAAACCUGGUACAAUGCGUGCUAACACAGAGAAGGCACUUAAUCUUUAUUCAGUGGGUGAUCGACAAAGUCCUCCUAAUCCUAAACUUUUCAUUUGGAUUUAGCUUAUUUUUUUAAAUCUCUGUAUCUUUGUCAAUUCAGUGAGUUAAUUAUUCUCUUGACAUGCACUCCUUAUUCCAGGCACAAUCUUAGGCAUUAAGUACAAAAAGAUCAAUGAAUAGAGGUUCCUGCUUUCAAGGAAUUCAUACAUCAGAUUGCUAUAAUUUAGGGUUUUAAAAACACUCUGUAACAACCUCAGUUGUUAGUGUUCCAUUUUCCGUUCAUUUCAGUGCUUGUUAUACUUACCCAGCAAAGGUGGAGCCUUCCAACCCUCAGCCCAGUGCUGCCUUCGGUGGCAUCUCAGGCAGCCGCACAGUGACAGUGCCAUGGUGGUUCCAGUCCUGUGCAUGCUACCCCACGGAUGGGAAGGUUUUCCUUAAUCCUCAGACUUCAGAAUAAUCUACAAGGGCUGGAAUUCUCCUUGGAGCAGAUUCCAGGGCUCCCCCUUAGACAGUCAGUAGAUGCUGGAGUGGAUCCCAGGAUCGUCAUGUUGAACCAGCACUGCUGAUGAUUCUGUCGCCACAGACUCAGUGCAGUGGGUCAGGUACUGACCACGUGCUCCAUGGGGAGGAUGCGGGACAUAACAAAGGGCUCUGCAUGUUUGCCUUGUGGGACUGAUAGUCCAGAAACAAAACGGUAAGAUAAUUUUAGUAAAUGAGCUGGAAAAAUGGAACAAUUGGUUUAAAGCAGAUUGGAAUGGUUGCUCUUUUCUCUCCACCUUAACUUCUUUCUUCCUUGAUGCCUUAAUGAUUCAAAAUGAAGAUUUGAAAAAAAAUUCACAAUAUUCAUAUUUAUCGAAUAAAGAUUUUGCAUUUAACUAGUUCUAAGUGUUAAAAUCAGGACAGUCUAACCUGCCACAUCUUUGUUUAAAAAGGUGAUUGCUUUUCAAUUCCGGGUCUCCUCAGUUGUCUGGUUCAAGUAGCCUUGAAUAGCAAAAAGGAAGGAAGGAAGGUCCCAACUCCCAAAGGUCCAAACAUAUCAAUAAAACUGAAGUUUCUAUUUCUUAAAUCAUCUCUCCCUUUAAAAAAACACUGGAUCUUUUCUUUGGAUUUGGGGGAACUAUAGCAGUAUUUCCAAAAGCAUAUCUAAGGGCGUGGAACUUGCUUCAUUCCCUCAGGUUGACUGUUGACUAGGCAGGAGAAAGCUGACUCAUCUGCACAAAGAAUAAAGUCAGCCUGUCCUUUUCUAAAAUACGUCUGUAAAGAGCAGACGUCUGGACGUGCACAGACUUGCUCCCUCACAGCUUUACAGUUGCAGUGCAGUUAAAGACUGGGAGUGGCAGGAGUCCGCCCUGACUGUGCCUGGGCAGGUCAGAUGUUUGGAGAUGUAGCAGAUGAAGAGUGCGUUUGCCCUUUUUACUGCUUCUCCAUAAAAACCUGCUUUGGGUUUGGAGGUCGGAUUAUCGUCCUUAUGAAAUAGUCAAACAGCCUCGCCAUGGACCAGAAGAAUAUAAACCAAAGCAGGGUGAGAUUGAUCUUGGCACUACCUACAAACGGGAUUUUAAUUCUUAUAAAGUACAGCCUGUGGCAAUAGUCCGGCCUUUGGAGAGACAACAAGUUAAAAAAGGAAAGUUGGACACGGUCCCAACCUAUAAAGCAGACAGCUGUGGAAGCAAAGCACUAAAAUUCCAGAAAGGGAGGAGUUCUUCCUAGUGGAACUGAGAUGGCCCAGUGUUUACUUCCCUGGGAGCAUUUGAAGUCCAGACCCAGGCUGAAGAUUGGGCCUGGCGUAAGCAGAGAGACAGAGAGAAAGGAAACCAGUGGAGCACCUGACGUGUGGGCUGAUGAUUAUAGAGCUUGGGACAUUCAGAAAAGUGAACUUUGUAAACCAGAACAAAGUUACCAUCCCCCUACCGUGAAAUUUGGAAAUUCAACUACAUUUCAGGAUGACUAUGUUCCUCAGGAGAUAAAGCCGAGGCAAAGCUUUAAACCCAGCUCCAAUGUCAAGCCUUCUUCAGCGCCUUUUCACGGCGACACAAGCCACCGCCUCGAUUAUAUACCUCAUCAGCCAGAAGUCAAGUUUGCAAGGCCAAAAGAAGUUUACAAGCCAACCAGCCAACCCUUUGAAGAUCUCACAACUCACCGGUAUGACUUUCAGGGUCUUGUGGGUGAAACUGCAAAAAUCUGCAGGCCGGCAGAUACCAGAGUGACCCAAAACGCUCAGUUUGAAGGAAGUACGGAAUUCCGUGCAAGUUUUCAGCCAUGGGAAAUCCCAGCACCCAAAGUCAAGGAAGUACAGGAGUACGUCCCUCCCACAGGGGCCAUGCCGUCACACAGCACAAGCCAUCUUGACUACAUUCCACAUCAGGCCAAGCGUGUCACUCCCAUCAGGCCAGCUUCUCAUAGAAGAAAUAACCAUUUUCCUUUCCAAGGAAAAAGCACCAUGAAGGAAGAUUUUCCAGCAUGGGAAAGUUGUCGUCAAGGGCUUAUUAAGAAUCAGCAGCAGAUUCCCAACCCAUCUGGAAAAUUUGAUGGUCUGAGUACAUUCAGAUCUCACUAUGUGCCCCAUGAACUGAUUCCAGCAGAGAGCUGCAAACCUUUAAAUGUUCCUUUCAAGAGUUCCAUCCCACUUGGUGACGGGACCAUGGACCCUGCAGAGCAUGCACCAGAGAAACAGGAAAUCUGCCCUGCUAGCUACCCUUCUCCUCCGGGCUACAUCUUUGAAAAUACAGAUUCCCGAGGUCACAAAUUCUUUCGAAAGAUUGCCCCCAGAGUGGAAGCCUUCUGAUCACCAAAUCAUGUUUAAGAGGAAGCUAAAAGGGUGUUUGCUUUCCAAGAGCAAAAUCAUUCUUCUGUAGUAGAAAAAAACUUAUGAGAGAGCUAAAAUCAGUUUUAAAAUCUUUAAACAAGAAAAUUGGAAAAUUUCUUGUAGGAAAUCAGGAUCAUGAAAUCAUCUUGUACAGAUGUUUUAACCCAGAUUGUUCUUUAAUAUGCAUAUCUGAAAGUUGAAUGAUAUACAUUCUGAACUACUUUAAGCCCCAACAUACUGUUUGGAAGGCUGUCUCCAACCUAUUAUCAUUUAUUCUUGUGUUUAUAAUUGUUAUGCACAUCCCAGUGACCCUCUGUCGAGCACCGUGGGACUCUGGAACACCACUGAACACGCUGCAUAGGUCCCUCUCCCAAGACAAGAGCACUCAUUCUUGUCAGACAUCAGGCAUCUACACGGUGCACACUAAGCCAGGUUUUGUGGGGGGGGGGGGUAAAGACUUCCCAGCGCCCACCAUGUUCAGGUUGGUCAGAGGCGCCGUGGUGUGGCAAGCAAGGCACCCUGGGCUGGGAGUCAGAGGGUCUCAGUUCCAAGGACAGCAGUUUCUAUUUGUGCCACCUACACAAUGAUUCAUGUUUUUGAGCCUCAGUGUCUUCAUUUUUAAAAGAAUAUCUGCUGUUCCUACCUCACAAAAACUCAGUUUUGAGUAUCAGAUCAUAUGCUACAUUGUGACCUGUAAAGUAAAAGUGCUAAGGAUGUCGGGGAGCGUUAAUAAGUCAACCUCUUUUUGUACCUGUUUUCUCCUUUUUCAAAUUAAGAUGAUUGCAUACCAAAUACUCAGUUUCUGAUCUAUAGCAAAGAUUGUAAAAUAAUCUGAUUUGCUUCAAGUUUAGGAGUAGUCUGAGUUUCUGAGAAGAGUCUUUCUCUAACGGGUCAGCAACACCCAAGAUGUGGUCACAGACAAGGGAGAGCUCGGGGGGAGAUAACACGGUCUGAAUGACAGUGUUGCCAGAAAGGAAAAGCAUUUGCUAGUCACUUUAGGAAUGGCCAGCAGCCCUGGAGAAAUCCUCAGGGCGACCUUGGGUGAUCUGCACCUAAAUGCCCUGCCCGCAUCACGGUUCAGAACAGCCAGGCGCAGCUGGGGGCACAGUCAGGCCUCUCCGCCCACGGGCAGGCGCGUGCCAAGCAGGGGAAGCAGUGACGCCACCAGGUGAAGUAGAAGGAACACACUGAUUUAUAAAUGUUGAAAAUUUCCUAAUGAGUUAAACUCUCACUGGGUGUUUUUUUUUCUUUGAUGAAUGAUUACAUUAUGGCAGAAUAUGAUUUAUUUCAUCAUAAAGUUUAGUCUUUUGUAGCUUUAAAUUGUUUCAGACUAUAUACUAAGUUGAGAAUAAGUCCAUCAAAUAUUUGGUUAAAAUCUAUUAAAUUAUUUGAAAGAAGUUUGUUUUAUUUACAUUUGUAUUUAUUAGUAGAAAUUAUGUAGAAUUUUAUGUCUAAGUAAUAAUAAAGCAUCAACAAAGGGAAGGAAUUUUUGUGAAGUCAUUUCUAUACCUAUUUUUCUCUGGAAAAGAGCUUUUAAAUAAAUUUUAUC